ACUCACCUCCCCCGGCCCCGCCCUAUUCUCUCCCGGAGGGCGGGGCGAAGGGCAGGCUGGGAGAGGAGGCGAGUGGAGCCUGCGCGUGCGCGGUAGAGAGCGCACGGGCCGGGUGACUGUGGCCGGCAGGGCCCCAGCGAUUUGACAGAAAAUGCAGGACCCCAAUGCAGACACCGAGUGGAAUGACAUCUUACGCAAAAAAGGCAUCUUGCCUUCAAAGGAAGAUUUGAAAGAUCUGGAGAAGGAGGCAGAAGAAGAGGAGCAGCGGAUCCUCCAGCAGUCCAUUGUGAAAACAUAUGAAGACAUGACUUUGGAAGAACUGGAGGAUAAUGAAGACGAAUUUAAUGAGGAAGAUGAACGUGCAAUUGAAAUGUACAGGCAGCAAAGGCUGGCCGAGUGGAAAGCCACCCAACUGAAGAACAAAUUUGGAGAGGUUUUGGAAAUCUCUGGAAAGGAUUAUGUUCAAGAAGUUACCAAAGCUGGUGAGGGCUUGUGGGUCAUCCUGCACCUUUACAAACAAGGGAUUCCCCUCUGUGCCCUGAUAAAUCAGCACUUGAGUGCACUAGCCAGGAAGUUUCCUGAUGUCAAGUUUAUCAAAGCCAUUUCAACCACCUGCAUACCCAAUUACCCUGAUAGGAAUCUGCCCACGAUAUUUGUGUACCUUGAAGGUGACAUCAAGGCUCAGUUUAUUGGACCUCUGGUGUUUGGUGGCAUGAACCUGACUUUGGACGAGUUGGAGUGGAAGUUGUCUGAGUCUGGAGCCAUCAAGACAAGCCUGGAGGAAAACCCCAAGAAGCCCGUGGAAGACGUGCUGCUGUCUGCGGUGCGGUGCUCCGUCCCUGCCAGGAGGGACAGUGAUUCUGAGGAUGACUGAGGCCGUGGCCCUGGUAACCUGCUGAACUUUCCCAAUGGGAUACAGCAUCUGAACUUUUUUUAAAAAAGGAAAAAGUAGGAACGUAUACUGUGUUUUUUUUAGUCUUUUAUAUUACGUUCUGAAUCUCAUAGAUCUCAGAAAUAAUCAUUGCUGAGAAUCCUUUUAAAUUUCUGGGAACUCUCUUUUUAAAUUAAUAGUAUUUCCUUAAGAAAAAAAUAAAAGCCAGAUAUUAGUUUGGCAGA